AUGCAGCCUUUCUCCCCUGAUGAUGAGGUCGUCAUCAUGGCUGAAUGUAGAAAACACCAGGCAGAGCAUGGGCGUGGCAAUAAAAAAACCGGCUGCGUACUUGUUGAGCCAUAUCCAUACAUUGUCAAAUAUGGCGACCCCGAGACUCUGGCUUCCUACAUCGUAACGCAGUCGUUUUUGUACUCACAAAGUAACAAGCUUCGUAUCCCUAAGCUAAUCCACCAGUUCGACAACGGACAAGGAACAUCAUACGUCGUUCUAGAGCACAUCAAGCUCGUCGAAUCCCCUGAUGACCUGGACGAGAGGAUUGUAGAUGCUGUGAAGUGGCUUUUGGGGGUUCAAGCUCCUUCCGACCACCAGUUAGGACCGUUAGGAGGCGGGUGCAUCCGACAUGCCUUCUUUGAAAGCAGCGAAGCACCGCUCCCUUUCGUGAAUGUUACGGCGCUUCAGAGGUAUGUAGACAAAGGCCGCACAAGGCUUAUAAACAGCGGGAAAAGCUUUGAUCGCGUCAAGCUCACGGAGGAACGGCUCGUUUGCGUACAAGCGAGACUGGACGCCAGCCACUUUGGCGUCGAUGAAGAAGACAACACGGUUCUGAUGGGUUUGGGCAAUAUCUCAUUCUUGCCAGAGUCCUUUGCGACGUACACUCUCCUCUCCAGCGCCAAGUUUGUCACCCUUCCAAAAACCUUGGGUUUAUCGGGUGAUACGAAUAUGAAGGCUAUGGUGGCAAUUGCUCAUAACUUGGGCAUGACAAGCGAUCCGAGCCUUGGUGCGUCAAUUUAUUUGUACCUCAGAUGGAGGGAGAGAUUUCGACUAACUUUUGUUAUUCUAGGCCUGGACAAGUACGGGAGGACCCCGAACAAAGGGACGAAGGUCACAGCUUCUGAUGAUCUCUAA